AUGGAGGUCACACUCGAGGCCAUCAUUGCCAUCGUAUCGCUCGUUGUAGGGCUUCCACCAGCACUUUUGAUGCUUUGGCGAUGCUGUCAGUCCAGACGACGGAGCAGGACAGCAGGUGAGCCACAAGCGUCCGGAAUCAGCGUCGCCGUACUCGAGGCUGACUACCCCAUAGCAUACCGCUCCGUCAUUCCAAACAGGUCGACAUCCUUCGAAACAAUGCCCCAAGAAGAGAACAUGAUGUGGUCGCAACAGAGGCUCGAGAUAGAAGACCAAGGUUUCGACCAAGGCUUGAGCUUCGAUAAUGGCGGAGUGGAUGUCGUCAACUGCUUUGUCGUUGUCGUCAACGAGCUGUUGAGGCGGGGAAGUGAUGUUCACACCUGGCAGCGUCAACGGUCCGAGGCGGACACUCCCGAGACCAUGGCCAUCUAUAGGAUCAACGGGGUUGUAGGCCGUUUGCAAGUGGCCUGUGAGGAAGCGAACCUCGGAUGUUCGAGACCAGCCAUCGGGAUACCAAGUCAGUCAGCUGACAGAAAUCCUCCGCCGCCGCCCCAGGCCGAGGGCCGUUCGGGGGCUCCCGUCAACACUUCGGCAUUUAAGCAGAGGAAAGACCAACCACAACGGCAAGCCAGCCAGCCAGCCAGCCCGUCUCGCCCUACCGCACAACCACCGCAGAUCAUGUCCCCGUUUUGCGCGCUGUACUACCGGGCGACUCCGCCUUGGUGA